UGUUCUCUUCCCGUAACAACUGUCAGCGCUUUAAAACUCAGACUGGUGGAACUGUGGAAUACCUACUACGAAAGGGAACGUCACGCUUUUAAAUUUCUGAAGAAAAUCAAUCUAGUGAGGACUACGUGUCGGUUUGGGUUAGGCCGUUUCCUCUUUGCCGUCCGUGACUCGUCCGUAGCAGUGGACAUUGACCGGCAACUUAUCGAGGAUUUUGGUCUUCUACCUCGACGCCAGCAUGUUCUGUACCAACAUAAAUGGUGGGCCGAGAUUUCUGCUCAACCGGUUUUGCUGUUGCUGUUCCCUUCGGACAGGAACCCUAGUCAUCGCCUCCCUUGAGUUUGUGAUUAUUGCUGCUGUACUGGUGCUCCAGAUGUGCUACCAAAAAAUGACAAGUGGGGCUGCGGCGGGUAUGGUUUUGGAAAUCUUCGUGCAUCUCCUCGUGGCUUGUCUCCUGAUCCAUGGCGUUAGAAAGCAUCAGCCCUUCCUGGUGUGGGGUUGGGUGUGGAUGAGGUGCGUCCUUGUGGUCACCGACUUGGCUAACUAUGUUGUCAAGGUAGCUUAUAGUCAGAUCUUGGGCGCAGUUGUACUUGCUGUUCUUUUCACUGCAGCCUUAACCUACAAUAUCUUGGUUGUUCGUUCGUACGCAUAUACCAUGUCAACGGCCGACACCACCGAGAGGUUGGACAGCAUCAGUGAGGCGUCCGAUAUUCGGGCCUGAGACAAGAAGGACCGGAAACGUGGCCAACUAACGCUUUGUUUUUCACAUGCAAGAAAUCUUUCUGCUGCUGUGCUAUUAACACGAUUUGUUAUUUUAGCUUUUAACUGUCGACGUUUUAUGAGGACCUAUAACGAGUGCAGUUAGUCAGGUGUUCAUGAACGUACCAAAGGAAUUAAAUUAUCUUUAAGGUUUGAUCCAGAACCACGUCCAAUACUACCAUGUUAUAUGCGGCGAUAUGAUAAAUUUGUGCGCAACACACACACGUCUGUUUGUGUGUGUGUGUGUGUGUGUGUGUGUGUGUGUGUGUGUGUGUGUUUCUAUUUCUAUUUCUGUUUUUGUGUGUGUA